CUCACAGGCGGUAUCCCCAUUGUACGCUAUGCAAAGGCUCGCUAGUGGUACUAUUAUUCCUUUAUCGUGUAACCCACGAAACAAAUAAAAGCACAACUCACACGUAAAGCAUGCUACAUGCAUCUUUCUAUCUUGCGCUGAUAGGCAGAACUGAACGAAAAGCGACUUCGGCGUGAACUCAGCGGAAAAAUGCAGGCCGCCGGCAAGCGGUUGGUCAAUGCCUGGUAUACGCCGAGCCGGAGCGCGUCUCCGGUGCGGGCCCAGGCGAGUCGGAGUGCCUCUCCCACACGAGCGCACGACGUUGUCACUACAAUCAACGGUCCCAGGCGCGGCGAAGCCGGUAGCAAUCCAAUGCGACAACCGUGGCAGCGGUCGGUUUCUCCCCUGCCACCGCAUCUGGCGUCGCAAUUGCAACGGUCUUUGUCUCCCAUGGUCCCCUUCGCAACAGAUGUUGCGCGGACCCCGAUGCAGACAGAUGACGAAAGAGGCCGGUCACUUUCGAGGGAUGUCGGUAAAAAUGCAUGCGGAGCAAAGAAUUCGUACCAGGAGCGCCCGGUCGUGAAUUUGCCCCAAAGCAGCGGCUGCAACACAACUUCUUCUCGUCCUGCUGCCGGCCGGCGCUCCCGGAGCCCGGACAUUCUGUUCUACCAAGAGGAGGCGGCGAAGAAAGCCUUGCCGCCGUGGAUGCGGGGCGUGCAAGUUGCUCCGAAGAUGGAUGAAAUCAUGAAGCCGAAAAACCGAACUACACUGGACAUCCAGGGUGGUCAGCAGCCGGAUCUGCACUUCGCCGGCAAGCCCGACCUGCUCCCGGACGCGAACCCCAUCAGACCGCCGGGGGAUAAAAAGCUGCUGCCAAAAAAAUCCGCGGAGUUUUUCACGACCUCCACAGUCGCGGAGGACAACGGCCUGCAGGUCACCAAAGCCGGGAAAACGCCGAAGGAGGAAAGAAGUAACCGGCAAAAGACCCACGAACUCAUUGACCACCCAGAGGAAGACCGCGAAUUGGAGAGGCAGGAAGCGGAACACCGAUUCCGGUCUUCCUACACGCACCAACACGCCUGGGACCACAAGUCGGAAACGGCCGAUCGCUCCCCCUCGCAAUUGAAGGCCCAGAAGGAGCAGCGCCGGAAGGUCCCGCAGCUCAAAAUCGGGCAGAACAAGGACCAAAAUUUGACUGGCUCGACGUCCGAGGGUGCAGCACUGUUCGAGCGCCGCUUUCCAGGCGACACAACGAAUGUAGCGGGGAGUGGCAAUAUCAAAACUGGAAAUCUUCGGGAUGACCCGGAAAGAAAGCUAAGCAAGAAAGUGUACCAGCCACCAGUGCCGGAGAAUAAGGAGGUUGACGCCCGGCUGCGUGACAAGAAACUCGGGUUUCACCACCCGGCGGAUCUGGAAGACUUCCGAAUUCGGGCAAAGUCGAGGCAGGACCACAUCUCGCCCGACAACGGCAUGUCGCACAUGUCGCCAAUCCGCCACUCCAAAGGCACAGUGCAGGAGAGACGUAUAUUAAGUUUUUUUUGGCUCGUCUACUUGCUGGCAUGAAUGCUGAUGAUUUGAUUUGUUGGGAUUGGCUUUACAAUACCAAACUGAAAUUUAGUGCGACCACGACUUUUCGCCAAUGUAGUACCGUAUCAAAAAAUGAAAACAGGGUCUCCGUCCCCCGGCGAGAAUUACAAGGGUCGUAACCCGCAAUUGGAGAGUGAUCACCACACGCAGAUGCACGACGUAUCAACUGCAAAAAUGUCUGGGUCUGGAAGAUUCCGGGAUUUGUGAUGCAUAUUUUGUAUGAUCCAUGAUGCAUGUAAUGCAUGAUCUAACAUCACUGAUUUUUAGACGGCUUUCUGAUGCCCAUUCUGCAUGAGAAAUGCCCUCUCCGCGUAACACAAACUGGACUCCUGUUGCUGGUCACGCAAUACAGAUUUUUUUGGAAUCCAAAGACAGCAUGACAAGUUGCAAUCUUCCAGACCCAGACAUUUUUACAUUUGAUACGACGACGACGGAACCCAUCUGCCACCGAAGCAGCGGACCACCUGGGCCGAGCUGAACAACGAGCAAAACGAAAAAAGGCAAAGUCUUGCGCACGCGUACAAACACGAGAACCAUCGGCCGGAGCGCUGCGCACUGGAGCGAAAUCGGGGAAGCAUUGGGGACGGUGUCCACGGAUACACGUCUGACAUGCGCGACGGCAGGAACCACUGGGAACACCACCCGCACGCGUUUGAUCGCAAAAAAAUCGCGCGGGAGACGAGCUUGUUCAACCUGCGGCAGGCGAAGAUUGAUAAAGAGUUGAAUGACGCUCGGAAGUACGGCGUGGUGAACAUCAAGCCCUACGGGGUGUACGAGCCGCAAGCGUGGCGGCGCUCGAGAUUGUCCCCCCGGGACCGCGUCGACUACCCCACCCAGUUUGCCGCUUUCGGAGGCCAGAGAGCAUUGGAAGGCACUGUCAAACCGCGCUACGACCACGCCAUUCCGCGCGGAAGAGCGGUAUCGCUCGACCGCAAAGAGGCGCAACAUCAUGCCAGCAAUAGUAAUAAAGCGCUGUCUUUGUGGCAACAGCUGCGCGCGAAACGCGAGUCCGUCUCUCUGAAGGUGACGGACCCGCACGAAAGCGAGCAGCGCCGCAACAACGGUCGGUUUGCGCACAAGCGGGCGAAGAGCGCGGUGGUGGAGCGGCGCAGCGAGCAAUUACUAGAGAAAACGUAUCAGAAGCAGAAGAAGCCCGCGGAGGCUGCAGAUUGGCAUGAGGCGUACCGUGCGCGCUCGAUGCAGCCGGAGCUGCGCAGGGUGAAGCCGCAGUCAGACUUGAAAAAUCACGAGGGCAUACGGUACGACCUGGAAAGGAAGCUGGGAAGUCAGCACAGCGGUAUCACAAACGUGCACCUCACCAGCUCCGAUGCCUACAUGUCCAUUGGCGCCGUGAAGCACGACUCCCCGCACCGCCGGUCCCGUACACCAAGGACUCCGCGGAGCAACACCAGUAGGAGCCCGGCGUCCACUCGCCCAGAUAUGCUGAACCGAACAGCUGAGAGCAACGCCACCGCGGGUGAUGAUUUGGACCAGAGCGAAAACAAAACCCCGCAAAACUACUACACUGGAAAUGAUGAGCUUGAAGGCGCCACGAUUGCCGGCGCGCAAAUCAACCAGGAAAUAACACCUAGAAUGAUCGACGGGGACGAACAUCUUCCCCGAGGUGUCGAUGCACAUCCACACCACCGUGGUCCGACUGACGACGACAUUACAAUGGCGAAGAAACUCUCCAAGGACAUCGAGGUGCACGAAGAGAUGAACCAGCGGCACAGACACCCCUCGAAGGGCAAGAAGCGCAACUUUGACGAUUUGGUGAUCACGCACGCGGGGCAGCGAGGCGGCAGUCCCGUGCAGAAGAAAGCGGUUCCGGAUGUGAAGCAUUUUUUACUGGAGAGCGACCACGCCGGUGCAAAGUCGGAGAGGCUCACGCCCUCGCCGCCACGGAUGUCGGAGAAGCCUCUGAAUCCGAGGAGCCCGUAUUUGACCAGUGUGGAAAAAGCGCCCUCCCGAUCUCCGCCACGGCACACGCGCGGUGACUCGCUAACGCGGGAAGUGGAACUGAUUUUGGAAACCGGGACGGGAAAUUUGCUGGUCGGAAAUUACGGUACGGACGCAGUAUCAACAGCCGCCGACUACGAUAAGACGAUCCACACAGCGAAGAACCCGCUUAGCAGUACUCUAUCUAAUGUUGAAGCGCUCUUUCAAUCAUGAUUUUUGGUGUGAUUCUGUGUGCUGUAGUUCCUUUGUGCUUGUUUCAAGAACGCUUCUGACUGUAAUUUGGAUGUCCGCUUGCUACCCUGAUGAAGACUCGACCAAACAAUGACAAACUCUUUCAAAACUACAGGCGCUGCUUUCGGAGGCCAGUACAAAAUUAGCCGUGACAUUUCGCCGGUGCUCCGCGCUCGCGACCGGAAUCUGGUGGGCAAGCCCGUGAGGCAGGUGAUGCAGCACACUGUCCUAGACCACCCGUUGGACUUUAACAGUCGCGCGGGGGUUUUGAGCUCCCACCUGCAGGAUCACCACAUGGUGACUCUGAUGUUCGAUGGCGAAGACGCGGAACGGGAGCAGCGCAAAUUGCGCGCCCUGGCCAACCGGCAACGAGUCCUAGUGCACGCGCCGCCGCCAGCCAGGCACCGAAGCAGCCGCGAGGAGCUGCGGGCCAUCCGGAUGCAAGCAGAAGAUGCCAAGUUAGCGUUACUACACGAAGAAGCGAGGUCACUGCGCGCCGCGGGCACGGUAAGUGAUUUGCACGCGCCCGGCGCCGCGCCCCUCAACAUGAGGAGGUUGCGGGAAGAAGGCAUUCGACCCACUACGGGCAAGUCUUAGGCAGUAGAAAGCUUGAGUCUACAGAAAAUCGAACAUCUUGGCAACAUAGGUUGUCUUUCCACGAUCCGAUCUUUUUUUCACUCUUUUGAAUAUACAAUCAAAUAUAUAAUACUUGGUUUGAGUUUCCUUACUUAUUCAGAACACAAUAGUGCCUAGAAACUAGCCCCCUGCAAUAUUCAGAAGUGCCACAAUUCGUGAUAACCAAAAAACUCUCAAGUAUCACGGCGUGUAGAAAAAAACCAACCCCUUUGAGGAAUGCAACUGCAUUUGCGCAACAGAAACACCCCCUUAGACCACAAUACUUUUACAUCGAAUUUCAGUGCCAUGAAGGAAGAGCAGCGUUUGU